AAGACCAUUUUUACUAGUCGAAGGUAAAAAGAUUUCAAAUAAAGGUAGGAAGGGAAAGUUAGAAGUACAAAAAAAAAAAAGAGCGUUGAGAAGUAAGAAUGAAGUGAAUCAAACCAAUAAUUGAUGAAAAGAUGAUAGAUUAAAGUCAAUUAUUAGAUCCAGAAAGAAACCAUACUUCCCUUCAUUAUUGUUUUUUCAUUCUUCAUUUGUCGUGUUUCAACUAAACAGAUAGAUGGAAAAAAAAUAAAAUAAAACUGGAGAUGGAGAAAGGGAUGAAAGGCACGUGGCAAGUUGAGUCAGGUAAAGUCACGAGAGUGUGAGGUGCCGACAACUUUUCUUCUUUCCCUUGUGAUUCACUCAUAUACCUUCACCUACCCUCUAGUCUCUCCAUGGACAAUCAUACAUCCAAUUAGUUUUUAUUUAGUACUAGUAUAUUUAUAAGCUUUUCGUAAAGAACAAGUUUAAGCUAAUUACUACUAGAAUCGAAUACAGGAUAGAAGUUUCAUAAGGUUAUAAGUUAUCGGUCCACCGACGAGGGGUAUUUUAUUGUGAAAGGGUGUUGAUGUAAAAAUGUUUAUCCAAUAUAUUAUUGAUUGGUAAACAAAAUUAGGUGCAAAGUGAAUAAAAGGAAAGGAGAAGUGUCGGUGAGUGUGGCCCUUCUCUUUCUCUCUCUCUCUCUCUCUCUCCGACACACUUUUAACUUACUCCAACACUUAAAAACACUGCUCCCCUACCCAACUCAUCUUUAACGUGCCUAUUUUAGAAUUAAAUUUUACUGUUUGAUUAAUUAAAUAGGAUAGGAAUAUAUAGUUUCAAAAUUCUGUUUUUUAUUGGUGAAAAUAAAUAAAAGUAUAAUCUCCAGAUAAUAUUUAUUCAGUAUACCCGCCCUAAUUGUAGUAAUGUAAGAUUGUUGGAGUGACCAGCUACCUAACUAAGAGUGCGGGGGGUGCAGACUUGCAGUUUGUUCCAAUUUCCAAGCAAUUUCACUUUACAAAUAAAUAGUGUACAAGGCAGGAAGGCAGGCAGGCAGGCAUCAUUUAUUAUUUGUAGUAAGAGUAGCAGUUUGGUCUCUCUCAUUGCUCAGGGAGUAAGUCCGUCCAGCAGAAGCAGCCAUAGUUAGUUAGUAGCGUGAGUAUGGCUGUCGAUCCGAGGCAAGUGUUGGCUGGAGUCCUUACUAUCACUAUGUUCGUCAUGCUUGGGGACAUGAUCAAACGGGAUCACUUUGAUUCUCUUUCUGUGGAGGAUUCUGAAGCAUCAAUUCAUGGUACUAGAAAGCAAAGUCUAGUUAGCAAUGGAGGUGGCCCUUGGAAACAAGAUGCUGAAUCCCUUAACUCCUGUUGGACUAAACCAAGUCUCGAGGAAGCUGACGAGUCGCAAGGAUAUGUUACCUUCUCCCUCACUAAUGGUCCUGAAUAUCACGUCUCUCAGAUUGCUGAUGCGGUGGUAAUAGCAAGAUAUUUGCGAGCAACUCUUGUACUCCCGGACAUAAGAGGAAGUGACCCUGCUGAUAAAAGGAAAUUUGAAGAUGUUUAUGAUGUUGAGCAGUUUGUGAAAAACCUUGAUGGGGUGGUAAAAGUAGAAAAAUCUCUGCCAUCUAAAGUCUCUCAAAGGAAUCUAGCAGUUGUUAAGGUUCCUAGCAGGGUUACUGAAGAACAUAUUGCUGAUAACAUCGAGCCAGUUUUCAGAUCAAAGGGGAACGUUAGGUUGGCCACAUAUUUUCCAUCUGUAAACAUGAAAAAGACAAAAGAGAAUAGCAACAUAGAUUCAAUUGCAUGUUUGGGGAUGUUUGGAACUCUAGAGCUUCAACCUGAAGUUAAUGGAGUAGUUGAGUCUAUGGUGGAGCGCUUAAGAACUCUGAGUAGGAAGUCAAACGGGCAGUUUAUCGCGGUGGAUCUGAGGGUUGAUAUACUGGAGAAAAAGGGGUGCCAAGGAAACAGUGAUUCUAAAUCCAAGAGUUGCUAUGGUCCACAGGAGAUAGCCAUGUUUCUGAGAAAAAUUGGUUUCAACAAAGAUACAACUAUAUAUCUUACUCAACCCAGGUGGGAUAGCAGCCUUGAUGCAUUGAAGGAUCUCUUUCCUAGAACAUACACUAAGGAAAGCAUAAUGCCCAUCGACAAAAAGGCAAAAUUUCUUGACAAUGAGAAUUCUGAACUGGAGAAAGUUAUCGACUUUUACCUGUGUUCACGGAGUGAUGUAUUUGUACCAGCCAUCUCAGGUCUGUUUUAUGCCAAUGUGGCUGGCAAGAGAAUAGCGUCUGGAAAGACUCAAAUACUAGUUCCUGCUGAUAUUUCUGGUUCCUCUGCUUCUUCAACAGACUACAUAUCUCAUUACGUCUCAAAAAAGAAUCACUUUGCCUAUUCGUGCUUCUGUUAAUUAGCUCGUUGUGAAGACAAAAGGUCAAUGAACCAACAAUAUAGUCCUGCAGUUCUUUCAAUUUUUAAGAUGGGAUGAGCUCUCUCUAGUCCUGCAGUUCCUUUCAACUUUUUGUUUACAGAAGACACGAGUUUGUUUCUAUAAUUUGUAGUGAUGAAUAUUUAGAUAGUCCUUGCUGGGGUUCUUUUGUAGAGAGAUGUAUGUCUUGGUGGAAGAGAUCCAAGUCCCCUCCUCCCUUCAACCCCAAAACAAAUUGUGUUCAAGUUUUUAUCAUUUGUUGGAUUUGGACAUACGGUAUUAUCACGAAUAUAGUGUGAUUUGAAUGGAAACAUUUUUGUGUUUCAUUAA